GUCAAUUUCCUCUUGUUUUGUUUUUCUCUAUUAUUUUUACCAACUUGAUUUAUCAGCUUUGGCGAAGAUGCUUAAGGUAUAUUUAGCUUUGAUUGGUUUACUUUGUACUUUGUAUCAAGCUGCUGCCUUGAACUUGAACGCAACCGAAUUUAUUGGUCAGCAUGUUAACGCUACCGUAUACAUCGGGAACAUUGGCACUUUUACCUGUACCAAGAAAAAACCAUUAAGUCUUGCCUCCGUUGCUGCUGCCAUCAAUGCUUUGAACUACCAUUACGAAAGAGGUCAAUGGGGACAAAAGUGUUAUGAUGGUUGGUGUGUUGAUGCUAGAAAUUUGAGCGGUUGGGACAGCCCUAAAGAUUGCAUGAAUGAAUUAAGAGAUAAAUUAAGCGAAUGCCUUGAACAAAAUGCUGGUGAUGGCUACAUUGAACAAGGGACUGGUUUUGUUGCUAGGUGUAUGAUGCACUAUUGGUGUGAGGGCUGUUAAAUGCAAUCGUCUAAUGGAUUUGGUUUUCACUUGCUUAAAUUUUUUAUUGCUAAUAUUUUAUUAAUAAUAUAACUAAAUAAACAGAGUUUUAUGUACUGUUAGGAAGAAAUUAUCAUUUGAAGCUGAUCAUUUGAAGCUGACUGAAAU